UGACAUACCACCUCAGUAUUGAAUUUUAUUCGCAUAAUAACGUUUGGUCAUUCGAGUAAUGAAUAUCGGUGUUCCAGCAAAACAAGUAUAUUAACGUGUGGAUCAAAGUUUUGGUGCUGCAAAAUGUAUCUAAUAAUGAGUUUGAAUCUUUUGCAACGUACAUUGUAUGUAACAAGAUCCAAAUCAAUCUCAAACUUAUCUUGCCGAGGCGUACAUCUUCUGCAGAAUAAAGCAUUCAUCAAUGGCAAAUGGGUUGGUGCGCACACUGGUGAAACAUUCGAUGUGACAAAUCCGGCAAAUGAAGCCGUGGUCGGAAAUGUACCGGAUAUGUACGUUAAAGAUGCUUGCAAGGCGAUUGAUGCUGCCCAUAGCGCUUUUUAUAAUGAGCGGUGGCACAAUAGCACAGCGAAGGAAAGGUCUGCCUUGUUGAAGAAAUGGUUUCAAUUGAUGGAAACGAAUCGCCAAGAGAUCGCACAGAUAAUGACCGCUGAAUCUGGGAAACCAAUGGUGGAAUCGUUGGGGGAGGUCACAUACGGCAAUUCUUUCGUUGAAUGGUUUGCGGAGGAGGCCCGUCGUAUUUACGGUGAAAUCGUCCCACCACCCCAAGCAAAUCGGCAAAUUAUGCUCACGAGACAUCCAGUAGGUGUUGCUGGAUUGAUCACACCGUGGAACUUUCCUCAUGCUAUGAUAACACGGAAAGCCGCCGCAGCAAUCGCUGCUGGUUGCACGGUUGUAAUCAAGCCGGCUGAGGAUACUCCUCUGACUGCACUAGCGCUGACCAAAUUGGCCGAGGAUGCUGGCUUCCCAGAGGGUGUUUUCAACAUUAUAACAAGUAGCCGAAAAAACGCUGCCACUAUAGGUGAAUUGCUGUGUAAAAGUGAGAAAGUUGCUGCAAUUUCAUUCACUGGAUCUACAGAAGUGGGAAAAUUAUUGUAUCAGCAAUGUGCGGGCGGUAUCAAAAGAAUAGGACUUGAAUUGGGAGGGAACGCUCCCUUCAUCGUUUUCAAUUCUGCCGAUAUUGAUAAGGCCGUUACCGGGGCAAUGAACUCAAAGUUUAGGAAUUGCGGUCAAACAUGCGUUUCAGCAAAUCGGUUUCUUAUUCAAGAUGGCAUCCACGAUGAGUUUAUAGCUAAACUGCUAGAAAAGGUUAAAGCAUUGAAGAUUGGUGAUGGUUCUCGCGAUGGAGUUCAAAUUGGUCCAUUGAUCAACCAGGCACAAAUCAAAAAGGUAUCUCAAUUCGUAGAUGAUGCCAUUGAGAAGGGUGGUAAAAUUAUUCAUGGUGGACAGCGAUUGUCAAAACAUGGACAAUUAUAUUACGAACCCACAAUUGUCACAUGUCUCCGAGAUGAUAUGCGUUUAUAUAACGAAGAAGUUUUUGGUCCGGUUAUAUCAGUAAUACGUUUUAAAACUGAGGAAGAAGCACUCAUGAUAGCCAACGGGACUCAACGCGGUUUGGCGGGAUACUUUUAUAGCAACGAUUUGAACCAAGUGUUUAGAGUUUCUAAACUACUCGAGGCUGGAAUGAUUGGAGUCAAUGAGGGAUUGAUCUCUGCAACGGAAGCUGCUUUUGGCGGAAUAAAAGAGUCGGGCAUAGGACGAGAAGGAUCAAAACAUGGUAUCGAUGAUUAUGUUUAUAUCAAGUAUCUUUGCUACGGAAAUCUACAAUGAAUAAUCAAUACCAAGAAAUAUCUUCAUAAAACAACCAAAGAUAAACGCAGAGAUUCGCAGCUGAUGUAAUCUGGUUCUAUAUACUCGAUGUAUAUAGAAAAAAAAGCUGAAAGCUGUUUAAUAGUUUAUAAGAAAAAUGUAGCAUCAAUUGCGCUCAGUCUUCCCAAUAGGUAAUAAUUAUCUUAAAAAUAGAGAAAUCAGUAAUUCCAAUACACUCGUUGAAGAGAAAUAAUGUUAAAAACAAUA